AGUGCGGCGAGUGCGGCGAGUGCGGCGAUGCCGGCGCCGCGCAGCAGCUCGUGAGGCGGCGCCAUGGACGACCCCGAGCGCAUCGCGCGCGACCAGCUGGCCUGCGAGCUCGCCGUCAACCAGUCCGCGCCGCCCGACGGCGUGUACUGCGCGGGCACCUUCGACACGUGGCGCUGCUGGCCGCACACGCCGGCCAACAGCACAGCUUACGCGGCAUGCCCCGACUUCGUGCCCGGCUUCGCGCCCGAGCUUAUGGCACAUAAGCUCUGCACGGAAAAUGGAACCUGGUGGCACCACCCAGACUCGGGCCGGCCCUGGUCUAACUACACCACCUGCGUUCGGGAGGAAGAUGACCUGAGCGACAUCAUCGCGGUAUACGAGGCGGGCUACAGCGUGUCGCUCGUGGCGCUGCUGCUAUCUCUGGGCAUCCUGCUGUAUUUCAAGAGCCUGCGCUGCGCGCGCAUCACGGUGCACAUGAACCUGUUCGCGUCGUUCGCGCUCAACAACGCGGCGUGGCUGGCGUGGUACGCGCUGGUGGUGCGCCAGCCCGCCACGCUGCGCGCGUCGCCCGCCUGGUGCCGCGCGCUCAACGCGGGCCUGCAGUACGCCAUGCUCACCAACUACACGUGGAUGCUGUGCGAGGGACUGUACCUGCACACCGUGCUGGUCAGCGCCUUCGUGUCGGAGCGGCGCCUCGUGCGCGCGCUGCUGGCGGCGGGCUGGCUGCUGCCGGCGCCCGCCGCCGCCGUGAACGCGGCGCGGCGCGCGGCGGCCGCCGAGCCGCUGUGCUGGGCCGACGACGCGGCGCCGCGCCUCGAGCUGGCGCUGCUGGUGUGCGGCGCCGUGCUGCUCAACCUGGGCUUCCUGUGCAACAUCGUGCGCGUGCUGUGCACCAAGCUGCGCGCGGGCGGCGGCGCGGGGCGCGCGCGCCCGUCGGCCACGGCGCUGCACGCGCUGCGCGCCACGUGCCUGCUGGCGCCGCUGCUGGGCCUGCAGUUCCUGCUGACGCCGUGCGCGCCGCCGCGCAGCCACCCCUACUGGCUGCUGUAUGAGUACGUGACGGCGCUCAGCACGUCGCUGCAGGGCCUGUGCGUGGCCGUGCUCUACUGCUUCUGCAACGGGGAGGUGCUGGCGCAGCUGCGGCGCCGCUGGCGCGUGCUCACCUUCCGCCCGCGCGCCAACUCCACCACCAACACCACCGUGUCCUUCGUGCGGUCGGCAGCGCCGGGCGCGGGGGAGGAGAAGGUUUGACUAGCGGCGGCCGCGGGUGACGCGGCGGGGGAAGGCGGGGCGGGAGGCGCAGGCGACGCGGCGCGCGAGCGGCGCAUCCGCUUCGAGUGCGGCGACAGCGACGACGACGCGCCACCUCACUCACGCCUGCUGUGAGCCGCGCGGCUCUGCGGCCGCUAGCCGCGCGGUGUGCGACGGAGAGCGCAUACCGCCUGCGAUGCGACACUGUUAAAGUUUCCGCUAAUCAUUCGGACUUCUUUGUUACAUCAUAUCAAUAAUAUUAUUUCCUGACCCACAAGAUAUUAUGUUUUAAUAAUAUAAAAUUACAACAAUAUAUUAGCUUAUUUUGGAUAUAUUAGAAGUUAUACUUCUUUAGCGCCGUUAGAAAACACGCGUUUUUUAGCUAUUGCAUAGCUUUUAUCGCGGGCUUUGAGUGCGGCGACCGAAUCAAGAAAUUCCGUAACAAAUAUAAAUCCUAACAUCCCAUGCCUACCAUGUAACUCGGCCGAGCGUUCAGACAUUUUGUAAUAUAGUUUAUUUACAUUUAAUUAGAGUAUGUAGGUACCAUUUUGUUC